GCCGCGGCCAUGGCGGGCUUCGUGAGGGAGCUGGAGCGGCGGGCCGGGCCGGCGCUGCGGCUGGAGCAGCGGGCGGCCGGCGGCGUGGGCUGUGUGGUGUGGGACGCCGCGCUGGUGCUCGCCAAGUUCCUGGAGACCGGCGCCUGCCCCCUCGCCCGCCGCCACGUCCUGGAGCUGGGCGCGGGCACCGGCGCCGUGGGCAUCAUGGCAGCCACGCUGGGGGCGAACGUGACGGUCACAGACCUGGAGGAGCUGCAGGAGCUGUUGCUGGUCAAUAUUGAGAAUAACAAGCACCUGGUCACAGGGUCCGUCCGAGCCAAGGUACUGAAAUGGGGUGAAGAUGUAACAGAAUUUCAGCCUCCCCCCGAUUAUAUACUCAUGGCUGAUUGCAUUUACUAUGAGGAGUCCUUGGAGCCCUUGCUGAAGACCCUGAAGGACCUGACAGGCCCUGACACUUGUGUCCUGUGCUGCUAUGAACAGAGAACUAUGGGGAAGAACCCUGAAAUUGAGAGGAAGUACUUUGAACUGCUCCAGAGGGACUUUGAGCUGGAGAAGAUUCCCCUGGAUAGGCACGACGAGGAGUAUCGGAGCGAGGACAUCCACAUCGUGAGCAUCCACAGGAAGCACAUGAAUCCCCCAUCGUGAGAUCUUUGAGCACAGGAUGUGUCCCCUGGCAGAGCUUUGGAGCAGCGGGGAUGGGAUAACAGCACAGAGGGACUGUCUGCAUCUGCAGUGUGCUUGUGACUCAUCUGCGCCGAGCAGCUUCUGGCUGCCGAGGUGUCUGACAGCGCCUUCCGGCCGGACAGCUGCGGGCUGCCCGUGUCUGCGGCCCGGGGAGGCGGGGAAUGGGGCCGGAGCGGCCCGGGCAGCGCGGGGGCUGUGCCGGUGCCUCUGUUGAGCGCUUCUGGGGAGCGGCGCUGCCGAGCGCUCACCGAGCCCCUCCGAGGGCACCGCGGGGGCUGUGCCGGUGCCUGUGCUGGGCGCUGCUACGGGGGCUGUGCCGGUGCCUGUGCUGGGCCCUGCUACGGGGGCUGUGCCGGUGCCUGUGCUGGGCCCUGCUACGGGGGCUGUGCCGGUGCCUGUGCUGGGCCCUGCUACGGGGGCUGUGCCGGUGCCUGUGCUGGGCGCUGCUGAGCGCUCACUGAGCCACUCCGACGGCACCGCGCUGGAACCGCCCAGAGGGGAAAAUGGGAGCGGUCAAUAAAACUUUGGCACGGGAGUUGGGUUUCAGAUGUGGGUUGUUCAUUCAUCCUGUGCUUCCUGUGUCAGUCCCUCCUGGGAGGGUCAUAGCAGGAGCUGGGGCUGUCCUGGUGGUGGUUCCUGCACAGAUAAAACACCUGUGCAAAAUCAUUCUACCUUCUGUUUUCACCUGUGCUUUUCUGGUGCAAGGAUCUGCAGAGUUCAAGUUUGACACCUUCAGGUUAUUCUGGUUAGCAGGUUCCUUGUGGCUGUCGGUGUUUCUGCCUCUUGGAGCUCAGUGGUGGCUUAGAGGAGGAAUUUUGCAGGAAUUCUCACUUUUCUGUGGUGGAAGCAGCUGUGGAAGUUGGGUCUGUGACAGAGGCACGAGUUUCUGUGGCUGAGUUUUCUUUAAGAAACUGGUUUUGUUUGCAGGCUCCCAGGAGUUUCCUGCACCUGCCCUGAGUUCAGGCUCCCUUUAUCUCCAGUGAGAGAAUUCCUUGCAAACUUCCCACAUCCUAAACCACUGUCCUGGCUUGCCGAGCGAUGAUUAGCGAACACGAGAACUUAAUUUGUCAAACCACACGUGUUAUUUGUUACCUUGUUAUGAAAAGAGCUCUUAAUUACCCAGUGGCCUGCAGGAAGGGAUUUACUGGAAUGUUUACACCAACGUGGCUUCCCAAGUGGAAGCUCUUAUUGCAGAAAAAUGAGGAGAAGAUGCCCAAAUCCCAGCAGUGGUGGGGAUGAUGUCCCAAAGCACAAAGGGAUGAUGUCACACUGGGACACUGGCACCCUGCUUGGUGCUGGGGGUGGUGCAGAGGGGAGCAGCCUUUCCCAAGGGUUUGGA